AAAAUGUAACUCUGGGUGGAGUUUUAGUCUGUAUCAUGUCUUUAUAACCAGUAUAACCUGCCCCUUUAGCCACAACUCAGUUAACCUGCUUUAUGGAUUCUAGCCUUAACCAAGACAGAAUAGCACACAGAGUGAUAAAUAAUAAUGGAAGCCAGCUUGUCUCUCCUGGAGGAACACCUCUCUUGUCCCGUGUGUUGUGACAUAUUCAGCAACCCCGUCGUCCUCAAAUGCAGCCACAGCUUCUGUGAGGAGUGUCUCCGAAAAUACUGGAAGGACUUGGAGAUUUUCCUGUGUCCUGUAUGCAGGAGAGAGUGUUCUCCUGAGGAACCGAGCCAAAGUUUGGCCUUAAAGAGUCUCUGUGAAUCGUUCCAGAGAGGAAGUGAAAAGGAGAAAGGAUCUCAGGAUAUCUGCCAGCUGCAUGGAGAGAAACUCAAACUCUUCUGUUUUGAUGACAAACAGCUCAUCUGUGUUGUCUGUCACAUAUCAAAGAAACAUAAAGGCCAUGACUGCUAUCCCAUUGAGGAGGCUCUUCCAGAUUUGAAGAGUGCAAUCAAGGCUCCUUUGCAGAACAAAUUGGGGAAAAUGACCACCGCCAAACUGGAAGAGGAAAACUGUGUGGAACACUUGAUGGUCCAGGGCCAACUCGGAGAGGAGCAAAUAAGGGGGGUGUUUAAGAAAUUUUACCAGUUCCUAGAAGAAGAAGAGGCUGCCAGGAUAGCUGCUCUGAAAAAGGAACAACAGCUGAAAUAUGAAGUGAUGAGAGAAAGAAUGGAGAAGUUGACCAAGAAUAUCUCAAUGCUUUCUGAGACUAUUGAAGUUAUCAAAAAAGACAUGGAGACUGAUGAUAUCACAUUCCUGCAGAACUAUGAGGCUAUACUUGUCAGAGCCGAGUGCACACCUCCAGACACUGCUGCAAAUGCUGAGAUGGGGCCAGGAGCAUUCAUUGACAUGGCCAAGCAUGUUGGAUGUCUGAAGUUCAAAGUCUGGAACAGUCUGAUUAAGAUUGUUGACUACAAUCCUGUAACCAUGGAUCCAAACACAGUGUCCACAAAGCUCAUCCUCACUGAUGACCUCACCACUGUGACGUGCUGUGAGGAAAAGCAGAGUCUUCCAGACAAUCCUGAAAGGUUUCAUGUAGGAGUGUUGGGGUCUGAGGGCUUCAUUAAAGGCAAACAUUUCUGGGACGUUGAGGUAGGAGACAGCGAUAACUGGUCUCUGGGAGUAGCCAAAGAGUCCAUUGUGCGGAAGAAGCUAGUAAAACUGGAUCCUGAGAGUGGAUUGUGGACCAUCAGAUAUAUUAAUGGGAAAUACAAAGCAGGUGUGAAAUCACGCAAAGAGAUCAAGGUAGAUGAAUGCCCCCAAGUGAUCCGAGUAUGUCUGGACUGUGACAAGGGGGAGGUCACAUUCUCCGACCCCACUAUGAGCAACACUCUGUACACCUUCAAACACACAUUUACUGAAAAGCUGUUCCCAUACUUUAGUAUAGGCAGUCUUAAAAGCCCACUGCGCCUUUGUAAGAGACCACUCACUAAGGUAACUGAGACGUGAGCUGGGGCACGAGGCAAAUCUGCUCAUUGGCCGCUGCACUGCGGAUUCCCUCUGCUCCAGCCUCUCCAACCUAAUGUGUGUUUGUGUAUGUGUGUGUGUAUAUCGGAGGUGUUGUGGGAAAAAGCAGAAGAUAUACUAAAAAGCAGAAAGGACAGGUUAAAAGUAAAUGGGAUUUACUGUAGGACUAUUUUCAGACUAGAGUUGAAAUGAUGUAGCAUAUAAUAGCAGCAUAUCUCAUUGGACGCCCAUGUCUGUAUACUUGUAAACUGUUAAGCAAUACUACAAUAUCUUCACCAUCAGUAAGUAACAGUCUACAAUGUAGUUUUACAAUUAGUUUCACAGUAACAACUGUUUCUCUUUGCAAUGUCUGGACGCUUACUGACAUCUAGUGGUAAAGUAUUGUUCUCACAACACAGGUACUAAUUGGCACAUCACGAGUUUGAUAAAUAACAAAAAGGUCACUUGUCUAUACAGUGUAUUUCCUAAUAGAGAUUGGAAAGGUGACUGCUGCAUAUUUACUUUACUAUGUAUUAUAUGAUAUGUGUAAAAGCUGCUAUGACAAGAUAAGACGUAUUAAUACACGGCUGUGUUAGAUCACUCAUCAUUGUUGUUUGGAACACUAGACACAUCUGGGUUCCUGCCAGGACACAGAGGGAAAUAUGGUAGUUCUGGAUUAGUUUCCUGGAAUAUGAAAAUGUAACUGUGGGUGGAGUUUUAGUCUGUAUCAUGUCUUUAUAACCAGUAUAACCUGCCCCUUUAGCCACAACCCAGUCAACCUGCCUGAUGGAUUCUAGCCUUAACCAAGACAGAAUAGCACACAGAAUGAUUCAUUAAAUUGUCCUAUAUAUAUACACUGUUCAAAAAAAUAAAGGGAACACUAAAAUAACACAUCCUAGAUCUGCAUGAAUGAAAUAGUCUUAUUAAAUACUUUUUUAUUUACAUAGUUGAAUGUGCUGACAACAAAAUCACACAAAAAUGAUAAAUGGAAAUCAAAUUUAUCAACCCAUGGAAGUCUGGAUUUGGAGUCACACUCAAAAUUAAAGUGGAAAACCACACUACAGGCAGAUCCAACUUUGAUGUAAUGUCCUUAAAACAAGUCAAAAUGAGGCUCGGUAGUGUGUGUGGCCUCCACGUGCCUGUAUGACCUCCCUACGCCAGGGCAUGCUCCUGAUGUGGUGGCAGAUGGUUUCCUGAGGGAUCUCCUCCCAGACCUGGAAUAAAGCAUCCGCCAACUCCUGAACAGUCUGUGGUGCAACGUGGCGUUGGUGGAUGGAGCGAGACAUGUUGUCCCAGAUGUGCUCAAUUGGAUUCAGGUCUGGGGAAUGGGCGGCCAGUCCAUAGCAUCAAUGCCUUCCUCUUGCAGGAACUGCUGACACACUCCAGCCACAUGAGGUCUAGCAUUGUCUUGCAUUAGGAGGAACCCAGGGCCAACCGCACCAACAUAUGGUCUCACAAGAGGUCUGAGGAUCUCAUCUCAGUACCUAAUGGCAGUCAGACUACCUCUGGCAAGCACAUGGAGGGCUGUGCGGCCCCCCAAAGAAAUGCCACCCCACACCAUGACUGACCCACCGCCAAACCGGUCAUGCUGGAGGAUGUUGCAGGCAGCAGAACGUUCUCCACGGCAUCUCCAGACUGUCACGUCUGUCACAUGUGCUCAGUGUGAACCUGCUUUCAUCUGUGAAGAGCACAGGGUGCCAGUGGCGAAUUUGCCAAUCUUGGUGUUUAGUAAGAAACUCCACCAGUUCCCGGAACAGGAAGAGACAGCCAGGACAGCUGCCCUGAGAAAGGAAGAGCAACAGAAAUGUCAAGUGAUGCGAGAAAGAGCAGAGCCGUUGACCAAGCAGAUUUCAACCCUAACAGAGAAUAUUCAAAUGAUCAAGGAAAUGGAAGUUGACAAUAUCACAUUCCUUCAGGUAAGGGUAAAGACUUUUUAAAUAACAAAGAUGUAAAUUCCCAACAUGAGCUCAUGAACUCACUGCAAAAACGAAUGUUCGUCCAAACAACACAAGUGUCACACUGCUAGUCUACAGUCAAAUGUCAUAUAACGCCUUGAAAUUCUCAACCAGGUCGUAAAUUGCUGGUGAAUGAUUUCACAACUGUAAAUUAGUUAUUUCUCUGUGAGUUUUUUCUCAAUUAUCUCAGUGUCAUCUGAUAUAACAUAGUGAAAUUAUCCUUUUUUUACAAUUACAAGGCCAUACCUAAUAGGCAUGUCGUAAAUUAAGUCCCCUUUCAUCCCUACUAAAUACAUGUUACACUCCAUUUACAACAGCACUGAUGUGUUCUUAUUCCCAUAGAGCCGAAUCCACAGCAACAGACACUGCAGAUGCUGAGAUUUACAACAGCACUGAUGUGUCCGGAGCAUUCAUUGACAUAGCCAAGCAUGUGGGAUCUCUGAAACCCAAGGUCUGGAAGAAGAUGCUUCGGAUCGUUUACUAUAGAAAGUCCAAGUUUUUCACAAAUGUUGUUUUAUAAUAUCUUACUGUAGCAAAUAAGGCCACAAUACUUUGGAAAUAAAUGUAUUUUUUCAAUA